CUCCACAGACCAGACCAUAGGAUACAAGAUUUAGAAGAAGGUGAAAGGCAAUUUCGUGCAUUAAAAACCAAUCCAACCACCAAAGCAAACACGUCAUUUCUGCGUUGAUGAUAGCCAACUAUAUCUUAGUUGUCCUAACCUACGCUUCUUCCAAUAAUGCCCCUGUCUCCUUCUCCGAAACCCCCUCUUUCCCUUCUCCCUCUAUAUAUCAUUCAAUCCAAUCCCCAUUCUUGAAAACGCAAUCAUCCCUCGUAAUAAUCCCAGUAAUAAUCAAUCCCUCGAAAGAAUAAUCCCACUUUUUUUUGUUUACAAAUAAAUGGCUGCAAAAUUAGAGCAAUCCGGGUUCGAAGAUUUCCUGCCCCUAAUGGCGGACAAGCUCGGCGGGGACGGAUUGAUUGGGGAGCUAUGCAAUGGGUUUCAGCUGCUGAUGGAUUCCGACAAGGGUGUGAUAACGUUCGACAGCCUGAAAAAGAACUCAGCUUUAUUAGGGCUGCAGGAGUUGUCCGAUGAAGAUCUGUGCAGUAUGAUGAAAGAAGGAGAUUUCGAUGGAGAUGGGGCGCUCAAUCAGAUGGAGUUUUGUGUGCUCAUGUUCAGAUUAAGCCCUGAUUUGAUGGGCCACUCUCAGUUUCUGUUGGAGGAGGCUCUUCUUCAAGAUCAUGCCUUUCAAGACUCGUUUUUUUAACUUUUCUUUGUAAUCAUCUUUUUUUUUUUUUUUUUUUUUUUAUAAUUAAUCAUAAAUCCAAUAAUCUGACAGAAUGUAAUUCAAUUAUUGAGCUGAUUUUUUUCUUUCGAAUUUGUUUGAAUUGUCACAAAUUAGUAUCUUCUUUAUGCAGUUA